AUGAGCCGGAGCGGCGGAGCCGGGCUGCCCGCGGCCGCGCUCCCCGGCCCGGGACGCUUCCGCAUGGCCCGCGAGCAGCCGGCGCCCGCGGCGGUGGCGGCGGCCGGGCAGCCCGGGGGUGGUAGGGGCAGCGAGCGGGCGCUGCAGGGGCCAGGGGUCGCCCGCAGGGGGCGGCCGUCUCUGAGCCGCGCUAAACUGCACGGGCUGCGGCACAUGUGCGCCGGGCGCACGGCAGCGGGGGGCUCUUUCCAGCGGCGGGCGCUCUGGGUGCUGGCCUUCUGUACGUCCCUCGGCUUGCUGCUGUCCUGGUCCUCGAACCGCCUUCUCUACUGGCUCAGCUUCCCGUCACACACGCGGGUGCACCGCGAGUGGAGCCGCCAGCUGCCCUUCCCCGCCGUCACUGUGUGCAACAACAACCCGCUGCGCUUCCCGCGCCUCUCCAAGGGGGACCUCUACUACGCCGGUCACUGGCUUGGGCUGCUGCUGCCCAACCGCACCGCGCGCCCGCUGGUCAGCGAGCUGCUGAGGGGCGACGAGCCGCGCCGCCAGUGGUUCCGCAAGCUGGCCGACUUCCGCCUCUUCCUGCCGCCUCGCCACUUCGAGGGCAUCAGCGCCGCCUUCAUGGACCGCCUGGGCCACCAGCUCGAGGACAUGCUGCUUUCCUGCAAGUACCGAGGCGAGCUCUGCGGCCCACACAACUUCUCCUCCGUGUUUACAAAAUAUGGGAAGUGUUACAUGUUUAACUCAGGCGAGGAUGGCAAGCCUCUGCUCACCACGGUCAAGGGGGGGACGGGCAACGGGCUGGAGAUCAUGCUGGACAUUCAGCAAGAUGAGUACCUGCCCAUCUGGGGAGAGACAGAGGAAACGACGUUUGAAGCGGGAGUGAAAGUUCAGAUCCACAGUCAGUCCGAGCCGCCUUUCAUCCAAGAGCUGGGCUUUGGGGUGGCUCCAGGGUUCCAGACCUUUGUGGCCACACAGGAGCAGAGGCUUACAUACCUGCCCCCGCCGUGGGGUGAGUGCCGAUCCUCGGAGAUGGGGCUCGACUUCUUUCCUGUUUACAGUAUCACCGCCUGUCGGAUUGACUGUGAGACCCGCUACAUCGUGGAGAACUGCAACUGCCGCAUGGUCCACAUGCCAGGGGAUGCCCCUUUCUGUACCCCUGAACAGCACAAGGAGUGUGCAGAGCCUGCCCUAGGUCUGCUGGCGGAAAAGGACAGCAAUUACUGUCUCUGCAGGACCCCCUGCAAUCUAACCCGAUACAACAAAGAGCUCUCCAUGGUCAAGAUCCCCAGCAAGACGUCAGCCAAGUACCUUGAGAAGAAAUUUAACAAAUCAGAAAAAUACAUCUCAGAGAACAUCCUCGUUCUGGAUAUCUUUUUUGAAGCUCUCAAUUAUGAGACAAUUGAACAGAAGAAAGCGUAUGAAGUCGCAGCCUUACUUGGUGACAUUGGUGGUCAGAUGGGAUUGUUUAUUGGUGCUAGUAUCCUUACAAUACUAGAGCUCUUUGAUUAUAUUUAUGAGCUGAUCAAAGAGAAGCUAUUAGACCUGCUUGGCAAAGAGGAGGACGAAGGGAGCCAUGAUGAGAAUGUGAGCACUUGCGACACGAUGCCAAACCACUCCGAAACCAUCAGCCACACUGUGAACGUGCCCCUGCAGACAGCCUUGGGCACCUUGGAAGAGAUUGCCUGCUGACACCCCUCGGGCUAAGCCAGCACCCUCCAAACAGACCUUAAGGCCCAAGACCUAGGACAGGGGACAGCCAGCUCAGGUGGGAUGGCCCCUGAUGACGGGAAGAAGCAAGAGCCCCCUAUGCACACAUUGCAAACUUCUGCCAAACCUCGCUCCGGCCACGUCUGACAUGAAGCGUCCCUGGGCCUCGCCGUGCGUCCCUCGUAGGAGAGAUGAGUCACACUCUGGAACUGUCCGAGAACCAACCUGCCAUCACAUCUCACUGCCAGAUGUAUAAAGCACCUGCAUGCUCAGACUUCUCACGGCGCCACCUCACAUCUGUCUUGUACAUGAUAUUCCUCCAUGCAGUUUCCAGUGUCCGCUCUGCCGCCCGUGCAGUGGGUCCAGAUUCCAGCCCCAAAGCCACCAUGAGGCCACUCUGGCACUAAAACUGCACAGUCGAGAGGGAAACUGCAGGACUCUACUAUGUUCGAUCCUUGUGUAGUUCGUGAAGGUUCUUAACCUGCCCACAACCCCUUUCCCCCCAAAACUGGCCCAUGGGGCUCCGGCACCUCAGGUGACCAGCGCCAAACUCCCUCCCGCCCCAGCGCCUGUGAAGGUAGCACAGUGUCCUGGGCGACCCCAGUAUUCAUCCAUGGAGCCACGUUGUUCUUCUCUCUCUGUGACACAACUUGUACAGUCUGAUUUGUUUUUUUAAUUUGGGUUGGGGGCGGGGGCUAUUUUGUUUGUCUGUUGGAGAUUUUUUUGUUUUAUGCUUUUUUUUUUUUUUGGUUUUGAUGUUGUAAGGUUUGGUUUGUUUUUUUCGUUUUUUUUUUUUUUUUGGAGUUUAUUUAUUCGUGCUUCAAAUCACGGUCAUAUUAAAAGCUGGU